GUUCCAUUUCCUGAAGUAAUACUGCACCUUCGACUCCAUGAAAAAGCACAAGUUGUUUUACCGGAGAAGAAAAUGUUUUUUUAAAAAAAAGUAAUGGAAGGACAGAAGGAGCAUCGCCAGAUCCGUUUAAGCCCUUACUUUCGCCCCGCGCCGGAACCGCGUGGCUUCCACGCCCGAAGGCUCACGCGCCAUCAUUUCCUGAGCAAUCGCUGGGGCCUCGGGCAACACCGUGCCUCCGGGCCCCCGGCGUUCCUGCCUGAAAUGCCGCAGGCAAGAUCCGGCUUGCGCCCCAUCUUCCAGCGCACACAAGCGGCGCAGACAAGAGAAAUAAUCCAGUCAACGCUCGAUAGCAGUUUCGGCGUACUUCGAGACGAAAUCAGAACCGUGGACCGAAGCAUACAGCAGCUGGGAAAAGACAUUUCUAACCAAUUUGCCCAAGGACUGGAGAGACUAUUGGAGUCUCGUCUUGGUCCCGCGUGCGCAGAACGGGUCGGCCGAGAAGAGAACGAGAACAGGAAAAAUCUGCAGCUGGAGCAUCAGCUCGAAAUAGACAACUUGAAGAGGGAGGGCGAGUUGGCUAGGCAGAAGCUCAAGGAGGCGGAGAAGGACCUGGAGAUUGCAAACAUGCAGACACAGGCCGCCAUCGGCGAUCUCGUCCGCCUGCAGCGUAUCAUGGACGCUCAACCAAAUGGGGCCGAGAACGAUGGAAAACGGAAACAUGCAGAGAAGUUCAUCAUGACCGAGUUUUUGCGGUUGAGGUCCUCCGUCCGAGAUCUCGCCGAGAGUCCUCUUCUGCAGCUCGGCCGCUUGUCCGACACCACUGCGGCUGGAGGGGACAGCUUAUUAUUCAGCCCCCAAGCAUGGAAUCGCGCGAGCACGCGUCAGCGGCGAUACCGAGUAAUGACUGCCGUAUUCCAGCUGCUAUUCCGACGGAUUCUGCGACCGGGGCUACGCAUGUUCGGCGUCCAAGUGUUCCUGAGGAGCAAAGAGCACCAGACCAUCUCGGCCUCCGAGGCCCACCUCCGAUCUCUGGAGAGGGAGUUGGAGGCCAACCAAGGUCAGUCCUCGUAAAAUUGAUGGAUAACCCUAGCCUACAUCUUUGGAGCGCCUUGCUGACCAACCUUUCCUCUUCCUCAGUUGACGACGCGGAACUCAACACCUGGGUCGGCACAAC